UUCUCAGCUGACUGUUGGAGGCUAGGGUGUAGGGAAGGAUAAAGGACAGUCAGUUUUCUUUCCAGAUUUCUGUAGGAUCAUAGGCCUUAGAGCUGGAAGGCACCCUAAAUAUCAUUUCUAGAUCAACCCCCUCAUUUUACAAAUAAGGAAACAGAGACUCAGGCCCCUUCCUAUUUCUUUUUCACUGACUAUUUAAAGAUCAAUUAAGGGAGAAGGAAUUUGUGGAAAAGGUGGUAGAGGCCUGAAGGAGCUCAAGCUGGAUAAAUUAUGAUGCCCUCAACCUCCUUGCAGAUAGUCCAUGAGGAGGUAUGCUGCUCCAUCUGUAGUGGCUUCCCUAGGGAUCCAGUGACUUACCUCUGUGGACAUAUCUUCUGCAGAUUGUGUCUCAUACCACCCUCACCAAAGGGUGCCCAUCCUCCUAGGCUGUGUCCAAUCUGCAAGGAGAAGAAGCAGCCAGAGGCCCUUCAGCCCCAGAGCUGGGCCACAAAGAACCUUAAGCUCCUGGGCCACGGAGGAGAGACUCACUGUGAUGAGCAUGGUGAGAAAAUUUACUUCUUCUGUGAGAAUGAUGGGGAGUUCCUUUGCGUGCUCUGCCGGGAGAGUUCCAAUCACCAGGCUCAUGCUGUGGUACUCUUGGAUGAAGCCACUCAACCCUACAGGGAACGACUGAAAAGUAGGUUAGAGGUCUUGCACGAAGAGAAAGAAGAAAUGGAGCGUAUGAAAUCUCGAGAAGAACAGAAACUCCAGGUGUUAUUGACCCAAAUUGAAUCCAAGAAGCAGCAGGUGGAAGAGGCAUUUGAACAGUUGCAGCAAAUACUUGAGGACCAACAGCGCCUUCUCCUGGAUAAACUGGGGGAGCUAAAAAAAGAGAUCUGGAAGGAGAGAGAUCAUUACAUUGACAAAGUCUCUGAAGAGAUUGUCCAGUUGGAUCUUCACAUAAAGGAGUUAGAGGGGAAGUGCCAACAGUCAGCAAAUGAACUCCUAAAGGAUGUCAAAAUGACCCAGAAUAGGUAUGAGAAAGAGAGAUUCAGUCCAGAAUCUAUUUCUCCUGGUCUGGCAAGAAGGAUCCAUGAUCUUCACCAAAAAAUGCGUGUUCUCCCAGAGAUGAUGGAGAAAUUCUCAGAAAACUUGCUGCUUCAUCUGGACACCAAUGCAGGAGGUAUCACUCUGGAUCCCCAGACUGCUAGCUGGAGCCUGAUCCUCUCCACGGACAGGAAAUCAGUGAGAUAUACCAAACAGAAGCAAAAUCUGCAAGAAAAUCCCCAGCGUUUUGAUAGACUACCUGCUGUGUUGGGUGCUCAAGGUUUCUCUUCUGGAAAACAUUCCUGGGAAAUCGAAGUAGUGCUAGGUGAUGGAGGUGGUUGUACUGUGGGUGUGGCCCGAGAAGACAUGAAGAGGAAAGGGGAUAUGGGCCUGAGCACUGAGGAGGGGGUUUGGGCUGUGAUUUUCUCUUAUCACCAGUGCUGGGCCAGCACCUGCCCAGGUACUGAUCUACAAUUGAAUGAAAUUCCCCACAGAGUUCAGGUGACUCUAGACUACAGUGGAGGACAUGUGACUCUCUCCAAUGCUGAGACCCAGACCACUAUCUUUACAUUUCUCACCUCCUUCUCAGGCAAAAUCUUUCCAUUCUUUGCUGUUUGGAAAAAGGGUUCCCAAUUGACUCUGAAAACCUGAAGUAAUGUUCUCCCUACUUCUAUUUCCCUAGACCCCUGUAUUCCCUGAGCUCUAGUAUAUAGCAGGUUUCAACUUCCUUCCUUUUCAGCUUAUUUCUAGUCAAAUCUUUAGAUAUAUAGAAAUUGUUCCAAGAAUGUUUCACUUCCAAUGCUGAGACAAAUUAACCUAACUUUUACAUAAUGUCAGUAGUGGUAGAAUCGAAUGAAAAUUUACUGAAUAUCUAUUGAACUUUAGGGGAUAUAUGGAGGGUGAGGAAAAGGAUGAAUGUUAAAAAAAGAUACUUCCUGGGUCACCUAAUUGGAAAGAAAAUAGAUAAGUUCAGGUUUUGGUUUCAUUAACUAUAAAAUAGGGGUGUUUGACUAGUUCUCUCUUAGAACUUGCCAGUUCUAACCUUCUGUCCCUAGUAGAUUUCAUUCUAUAUCCAUCUUAUACACUUUAUCUUAGAUAAAACAUGGCCCUGUGUCCCAAGGUAUGGACUUACUUGGAAUUAUAAUAUUUCAGAUAACACCUCCAAAAAUCAGCUUAUGUUGCUCCCACCCAAGAUUUCCUCUGAAAAAUUUCUUAAUGUGGUUCAAAUAUGUCUUGGUAUCCACAUAUGGGUAAAAAGAGUUCUGUAUGAGCCCUCAAAUAACAAUGCUUAUAUUGAAUUCAAAAUAGCCUUUAUUAGACCUUACAAAAAGGGCAGAAAACCAUAAAGCUCUUCCAAUAAAACCUAUAAUCAAUACAGUUCUUCUGUCUUCUCUAGUGAAUUCAUGUUCUGACCCUGGAGACCUAGCGAGGCACCCAAAUUUAUAAAAUCCUUAAGUCUUGGGCUCCUUUCAUAAAGGAAACAAAACAGGAGUUGCUAAAGGGACAAGUCCCUUGACCUUCUGAUAAUUCCUGUAUUACAGUGAUACACAUAGGCAUCUGGUUUUAUGAUUCAAUGAGAAGAGUGAUCUCACUUUGAAACAAAAAGAACUUGUGAUUAUUGGACGGGAAUGGGACUCUUUCCACUGUUCAAAGAAUUCAAAGUUAUAAUAAAGAGCAAAGUCCAGA